AUGGUGUUAUGCAAAAGUGACGAAAUGUUCAGCAAAAACGGAUACAAAGAUGCCAAAGGCCCCUCGCCGGACUUGAUGCCCAGUAUUAUGGGCACAUUCGACGCCAUACUAGGAAGCAACGUUAAAGAGAAAACCCCGAAGCGCGCCCACCAAAUCAGCAAUUUCGCCAACCUGUCGCCGUACGUGCAAAAAGUGCUCUCCAACGUGCCCGAGCAGGAAAUCAGCAGGAACAAACGAUCGUCCGGCUCAUAUCGAUCGUUCAGAUCGCCGGAUAAAAGCAGCGAGAAUUUGGAGUCCACUAUAUCCAGUAACGUGCAGAAGAUGCUGUCGAAUCUGCCGGACGCCGAGCUGGUGAUCGGCCAGCCGAGGAACAUGUCCUAUUUGCACGGCCCCAACGGCAGGAAGGACUUCCUGAACAGGAUCCUCGAAGACAACGACGUUAAGGAGAAGAAACCGAACGGCGUGAGGCAGUUUUUGUACCAUUCGGACGGUGCGAGGGACGAAAACGAUAGCGCGAACGGUGUUAGUGAAAGUGAUCAAACCGAAGACUGUGAUAGUUACGAUCCGAAGCCGCUGGGGAGUUAUUUGCAUUCGGUGCAAGGCAUCGCCUCCAGGACGCCGGUGGGCAGGAAAAAUCUAGGAAAAUAUUUACAGGUGCCGAGCGAAAGCAGCACCGCCUCCUCGGAAGUAUCCAGACCGGUGUCUCUAACCAGCCUGGGUUCCUGCUCUUCCAGCGGCAGCAGCGGCCACAAUCAGCCCGGAUCCGCUUACUUGGCUUCGGCGGAAAGCCUGGAUAGCGAUCCGGAACCCACGGGCAGCCAAGGUUCGGCUGAUAGUGGUAUAGCUGAGCAGGAACAGCCCACGAUUAGUCCGGAGUCCAGAGUGCUCCGGGAAGUUUUGGAAACUGAAACGGUUUACGUGCGGGAUUUGAAGGAAGUAAUCGAGGGCUACCUGGCGCCUUGGAGAGCGGAUCCCGAGUGUCCGCUGGCCGAGCACCUAUCGCAUCUGUUCAGCAAUUUGGAGGAUAUUUAUAAAUUCAACAGAUCCUUCUUGGAGGAAUUGCAGCGGGCCGAAGGCGAGUCGACGAACACAGCGAAUUGCUUUUUGCGCCACGAUUCCGGGUUUUCCGUCUACAACAAAUACUGCCAAAACUACCCGCUGACGAUGGAAGUGAUCGGGAAAUUGACGAGAGACGAUGCAAUGGCGGCGUUGUUUCGCGAGAAACAAAACUCCUUGGGACACGCUCUACCGCUCGGCUCUUACCUACUCAAACCCGUUCAAAGGAUACUCAAGUAUCACCUACUACUACAAAGACUGUCUAAAUUGUGCGAUGAAAUCCACAAACCCGCCGUAGAUUUAGCUCUAGCGACGAUGACCGGCAUAGCUUCGGAUAUAAACAAUAUGAAGCGAAAAUACGAAGAUGCUGUGAGAGUUCAAGAGAUCCAAUCGCAGCUGUACGGUUGGAACGGACCGGAUUUGACUGCCCUAGGGGAAUUGAUAGCCGAAGGAACGUUCAGGGUGGUAGGUGCCAGGGGGAGAAGACACGUGUUCCUCUUCGAGAAAGUGCUGUUGCUGGCCAAAAACAAGCAGGGCGGAGCGCUGGCGCACAAAAGCCAUAUAAUGACGUCGAAUUUGAUGUUAGUAGAACAAGUCCGAGGCGAACCUCUAUCGUUCCAAGUCAUCCCCUUCGACAAUCCCCGUUUACAAUCGACCCUCAAAGCCAGAUCGCCGCAGCACAAACGAGAGUGGACGCUGCAAAUCAAGCGAGUGAUAUUGGAAAAUUACACGGCCGUCAUACCGAAUCACGCGCGCCAGCUCGUCCUGCAACUGGGCCAAGAUCCCAACGAAACCGAUGACACGAACGGCGACAAAUGGUCUCCUCUGAAGCAAAACUCGGCUCCCCAUUACCUGGAAAGGCGCAGUCGAGCGAGGAAAUCCCGAGACGGUCGAAGAGCAACAUCGCAAGACCGAACGUUUCCGACUUUAACGAACUGGCGCAGGAAAUCCGAGCCGAGCAUGGUGCCCCAAUACAACCCCGUCAAACCCACCAAAUCGAAGAAGAUCAAGGAAACUCACAGCGCGACGUUCUACACCGAUCUCUCGGACUCCGAACACUGCCCCGACGAGUCGCUGGAGGACCUCCAAGAGGACGACGCCGACGGAUCCGCGGAACCGUUCAAAGAAGAAAAGACUGACGACAGCGUGAAGAGCAACCUCGAGAAGAUCGUGUCCGACAUCCUGCUGCAGAACCGGAACUUCCACAAGGCCUACUACCGACAAACCAGCAGGAAAAUCGCCGCCAACGACAACGAACCGGCGUCGACUUGGUGCGAGGAAAAGGUCAAGCUACCCACCAAGGCGGAUUCCUUGCCCAGAUCGUUCCAAUUGCACGAUCAACCCGACCGCAAAACCACCGACAGCACCUUGAACAAAUCGAUAAUCGACACGUCGUUGAAAGAGAACCCCGACACCGAUAUCGAAGAACAACAAGACAAUGAUCUUUCUUCUCGAUUAGAUGACGACGAACAUCCCGAUCACAAGAUCUACCGAAAGAGCGCCAUCAGGUUCAGCAUACUGCAGAGGAUCCGCCACAUCAUGUCGGAGGAGCAACGCACCAACAAGUACCCUCUGCGCAAGCAGGGAUCGAAAGGCAUGGGCGAGAAGAUCGCCCAUCCGGAUUACGAGGAUCCGCAAAAGCUCUUCUGCGGUUCGGCGAGUUGCAGUCAAAUCGAUCUCUCGUUGUCCGAGGACAAGACCGAAGAGCUGGAGCGGCCGGAAGAGCUCGAUUUGUCGAUAAACGAAAAAGACGUACUUAACGAGUUAGAUAAGAGGUUGAACGGCAGUACUACCGACGCUAGUCAGAGCUUCAAUUCUAGUCAAAAUUCCGACAGCUACUACGAGAGCCUGCUCGACGACUCCUUGAAGGAGGAAUACGUGAAAGACGCUACAGGGAAACUGGUGGCAAAGCAAGACUCGUUUAGCAGUUCCGAAGGUAAAACGACGCCGUCUCCGAAGCCCCAUCUGGCGAAGAGGCCGGUGGUGAGGAGGCCUAACAAGGCGCCGCCGCCGGUGCCCCAUAAACCCGAUACUUUGAGUCUCAAGAGCAAGGUCACGGUGAAGAGGGAGUUCGUGAUGAAGAGCGAGAUUAAGGAGGAAACAGAAAUUGUUAGUAGUACUACUACGAGCGGGUCCUCUACUAGUUGGGUGAAGACGAUGGUGGGUCGUUUCGAAUGA